AUGGCCACACACGGGCAUGAGGCGCGCCGCGCCGCGGCCGCCAACGAGCCGGGCGGCGCCCUGCGAGGGCGAGCGGGCGGGCACCUGGCCUCCGGCUGCCCCCGGCUGCCGCUUCUCGGGCCCCGGCUCCCGGACUCUGGCCCGCGGCGCCUUCUCGCUGGCUUCCCGCGCGCCUCCGGCUGCGACUGCCGAGCCCUCUCCUCUGCGCGCCUUGCUCUCCCCGGCUGGACUCUCGAGCGCCGGCCCCAGGAUGACAAUCACAUCCCAGGCGCGCCGAUCUCUUCCAACUUUCCUUCCCUGCUAAGUCGGGGUGGCGUGACGGUUCCGACACAAGGCGGGCCCUGGUGGCGAGUCCGGUCGCUCCGAAGCACAAAGUCACGGCGCCGAGGGGGUGGGGCUGGGCGGGGCGUCGGCACGCUAUUGUCAUGGAGACGAGAAGCUUGCGGCCGCGGAGGCGGGCACAGCCGGGUCCAGGUGGCUGCCAGCCGGCCGAGACUGAGGCGAGGCCGAGAGACCGGGACGGCCGGAGCUGGAGAGAGCGCGGAUCUGGCCAGUGACGGCUUCUCGGACAGCCAAGGAGAGGUGUCCUCCCGGGCUUGGUGUAGGUCGGGUGGUCGCGGGGAGCUACCCCGCCCUGUUCCCUUAGCUCCCGCCUCUCGCGGCCCUUGUGCUCCUCAGCGCCCGCCCCCGGCUCCGCCCGCCGCCGCCGCCGCCGCCGCUGCCGCCGCGGUAGCCCCUCGCGCUAACGGUCGGCAGCGGCCCGCGCGCGCCGCCCGCCGGGGGCUCGAGCCAGCCACGAGGGAGCGUCCGCGGCCCGCGCGCUCGCGCGGCGGAGGAGAGAAUCUGCAGGUCAUAACGAAGCUCCUGUGCUGGCUGUCGGAAGGAGGAGAUUCGGAAGAUAGGGAGAUUCAGCUAUUGGGCUUUGAAACUUCCUGUGGUCUGUUCAAUCUAGAUGCAAAGGACCUGGAACAGUCAAGUGCUCAAGAGGUUUACAUUGUUUUGGAUGUUCCUAUUUAUAGACAAAACUGUUUUUCCAAUUCACAUCCUCAGUUGUUAUGCAGAAGAAGGUCAUACUCUUCUUGAUCAUCCGUUUUAUUUGAAAUGAUUAGUAUUGUAGAGUUUCACCAAACAUUUUCUGUUUGAAUCAAAGUACAGAAAAAAAUAAAAUCAA